AUGGAGAAGGUGAACAUCGAGCCAUGUGUGAAGAUGGACACCCAAACCCUUGAUCUUCUCAAGAUAAGAGAUGAUGUCACAUGGUACAUAAGGAAGCUAGGCUUGAGCAAGCUCUUCAAGCUAGAAUGUAGUGAGUACUCACAACUCACCAAGGAGUUCCUCUCCACAGUAGCUCUUGCCUUUCCCAACCACAAUGGAGACCAACCAGCUGCACAUGACUUCAAGGAGAACUCAAAGAGGAAACAAGCUGCCUUUGCUGAUUGGACACACUUUGCCAAUGAACCAUUCUUGCCUUCAAGGUCAAAGGUGUCUAGAAUCACCCAUCCAGCCAUUCGCUAUGUGCACCGCCUCAUCUCCACCACUUUCCAAUGCAAACAAGAAGCCAACAAGGUCACAACUGAUGAGUUCUACAUCCUCACCACACCAUUCAUCAAGCAUGAGUACAAGGCCAACCUUGGACUUUUACUUGCCAAGACAUUCAUCAAUGUGAGGAAGCUAGCUCAAGACUUGGAAGGCAACAAGAAGCUUUGUGUUCGUUUUGGGAGGCUUAUCACGGCCAUAGUACAACAUGUGGGGAUUGACAUUCCCAACUAUGAGCCACUACCCAAGCCAACCCCUUUGGAUCUCCAUGCUCUUCAGCACAUCCACUUCCUAAACCGUUGGACUAAAGACCCAACUCGGUUUUGCUAUGAGUUUCCAAUUGGUCCAGCCAACACUUCCCUUGUCUUGCUGCCACAUGAAGACAUCCCAAGCCUACGCUCAGGUGUUGUCACUUUCCAGCCCAAUGAGGAAGACUUCUAUGUUCCAUCAAGUGAGAAACCAUCAUUCCCCAUGCUCACCUAUCGCACACUUCAGCAUGCAGUCAAGACUCAACGCCGCCUCCAAGAACGCCAUGUUCUCACUACUGGCAUGGCCGCACAUCAGGCUCUAGACCGUGUUAACAAGCUGGAGAAGAUAGUGGAAUGCCAAUCUCGCUUCAUCUCGCGCCUAUCCGUGUAG